UCCAUUUUAUUCUCUCUUUACCCUCUCCUUCUUUUUCUCUGUCAUGGCGCUCAAUUUCAAAUGAUUUUCUUUUCUUCCCUCCUUCUUUCUCUCUCUCCCGCUUGUUACUGAUUAAUUUCACUGCUUUCUUCUUCCAUUUCUGUUGCACAUUUCCCCACUCUCUUCCUCCCCUACCAAAUGCGGGAGGUUUCAAGAAACCCCACCUCUCAAUUUCAUGCUAUUUCUCACUUGAAACCUUUCUAUAUUUAUUUUUCAGCUUCUUCCCCUCUUGGGCUUUCGUGGGUCGAUUCAAUCUUCAAGGUUUUGCCAUCCCCAUUUCUGUUUACUUGAUUUCCAGUUAAUUUCCAAGAACUAUCUGGAAGGAGAUGUGAUGCAUAUUGAUAGCAUGAAAGUGGAAGGAAACUUGUAAAUGCUAUAUUGACGGAUGCAAUAUUAUUUCUGUGGUUUGAGGAUCUGUUUGCCUUGUGUAUUCAUGUUUCCUACGGCUUAGCAGGCACUUUCUUCCUUUGGAUCAGAAUAAAUAUGGCACCGAAUCCUCGAAUUUUGAAAGCUUUUCGUGCAAUGAAGGAUAUUGGGAUCAGUGAAGAUAAGACAAAACCAGUCUUAAAAAAACUCCUGAAAUUGUAUGAUAAGAACUGGGAACUUAUUGAAGAAGAGAACUACAGAGUUCUUGCAGAUGCUAUAUUUGAUGAGGAAGAUAGUAAGGUCGUAGAGGAGAAGAAAUGUCAGAAUUCUCAAGUGGAAGAUUUUGGGGAAGAAGUUCAGGCGCCUGAUGAGCCAGAACGCCCUCUGAAAAGGUUGCGCUUAAGAGGCCAAGAAACCCAGGUGGAUGGGAUGCCUUUGAAAAAGCCAAAAUUGGAAGAGGAUGCGUUUCCCGACGCCAAUUCUCAACAGCAGAUGCAGUUAAGUGGGCCUAAGAGAUCUGAAACUGGUCCAAGUUCUCGUCGUGUAGACAAAGGGAAGGAACCUAUGUCACCCCGUGUGGUUACAAGAGUGAAAAAAUCUAGCCUAGAGAGACAAUCUGCUGCUGUGCGUAUUAAGGAACCAGGGGCUGAUUCGGGUGUAAAAAAUUCAAUAGUGAGGGCAUCCGGGGCUCAUGCGUUGCUCAAACCUAAAGAUGAGCCUGUUACUGAUGAUACAUUUGCAAAUGAGUUGCCUAUUGCUGCGAUUCAUCCAGAUUCUUCAAGAAAAGAAGAUUAUUCCAUUGCGAAUGAUUUAGUUAGGAAGGCAGAUGGCCAAGUUGCUCAAGUAUCAUAUCCUUCAGACGGAAGUAACAAAGGUGACGGUACGGAAACCUCAUCAUGUAAGAGGAUUACAGGCAGUGAGCUUGCAAAUGUCAUGGAAGAAUUACAUCCUAACUUAGAGAUUGCAUCAUCAGCCCUGGGAGAGGUAAAAAUUUCUUUGUGCUGCGACUCCACUUUUGGACGACCAGAUUUCCGUAUGCCUAGUCGUGAUGCAGUUAUAAAAUAUAUGGAGGAAAAAUGUCUGCACUCAUAUAAAAUCAUUGACCCCACGUUUUCUGUUAUGAAACUGUUGAGUGAUAUGUGUGAGUGCUUCUUGGAAUUGGGAACUGAUUCUCCUGAUGAACAACAGGAAGGUUCAAUUAGUAGAGUUCCACUUCUAGAUGUAAUCGAGAAUUCAGACCCAAUGGAUACUCCAGGGACUGUUGCUAAUGAAGAAAAUUUGAAUCUACCCACUUCUGUGAAUGAACCAGUCAGUACUUCUGUGAAUGAACCAGUCAGUACUUCUGUGAAUGAACCAGUCUGUACUUCUGUGAAUGAACAAGUCAGUACUAUCUGUGAUGGAGAACUUGCACCACAAGUUCCUGGUGUCAUAGAGUCUUCAAGUGUUUCCAACGACCAGACUCUCCAUGAGAGGUCUAAAAGCAGUAAAGAAAUACCAAAUGGUCAUUCUGAAGAUGAAGCCAGGAAGGAGUUAGAUAAUCUUGAGCCUGCAAAUCCACACAAUUUGAUGGUUGUUUCACAGAGUCAACAAGCUACCGAUGAAUUAAGCUUCUCUCAUGAUGUGGAUGAUAUAACCAAGGGAGAAGAAAGGGUUCAAGUUUCUUGGGUGAAUGAAAUUAAUAAAGAGCAUCCACCAUUCUUUCACUAUAUACCUUGCAGUCUAAUUUUCCAAAGCGCGUCUGUAAACUUCUCUCUCUCUCUGAUUGGUAAUGAUAAUUGUUGCCACUCUUGUUUUGGAAAUUGCCUUACAUCUUCUGUCCCAUGUGCUUGUGCACGGGAAACUGGGGAUAAGUAUGUGUACACACCAGAAGGUCUUGUUAAGGAAAUUUUUUUGGAAGAGUGGAUCUCUCUUGCUCGUGAAUCUCAAGGAAGUCACCAGUUCUAUUGCAAAGAGUGUCCCCUUGAAAGAUUGAAGAAUGAUGAUUGUUUAGAACCCUGCAAAGGCCACUUAGAGAGGAAGCUUAUAAAAGAAUGUUGGAGUAAAUGUGGUUGCAACAAGCAUUGUGGCAACAGAGUGGUGCAGCGAGGAAUAACUUGCAAGUUGCAGGUAUUUUUUACUUCAGAUGAAAAACGAUGGGGUCUUCGAACCCUUGAAGACCUACCUAAAGGGUAUUUUGUUUGUGAAUAUGCUGGAGAAAUAUUGACCAUUCCAGAAAUGUAUCAUAGAAAGGUGCAAAGCACCGAAAAUGAGGUGCAUGUUGACCCAAUAUUAUUAGAUGGCUUUUGGAAUAAAGAAGGGCCUUUCAAGGAGGAAAAAGCUCUCUGCUUGGAUGCAACAAACUUUGGAAAUGUUGCCAGGUUUAUCAAUCACAGAUGCUUUGAUGCAAACUUGGUUGAUGUUGCAGUUGAAAUAGAGACUCCAGAUCAUCAUUAUUAUCAUCUUGCCUUAUUCACUACAAGAAAAAUAGAGGCCAUGGAAGAGUUAACUUGGGAUUAUGGCAUUGAUUUUAACGAUCUUGAUGAUCAUGUUAAGCCAUUUCUCUGUCAAUGUGGCAGCAAGUUCUGCAGAAAUAUGAAACGAUCUUCUAGAUGACUUUAUUUUACUCAGGAUCUAAAUCAGCAUCAAGUACGAGAUGAAAGUGGGAUGAUGCUUCUGUUUUUAAUAUCGUGGCUUUGUAAGAUGAAGUUAUUGCGAAAUAUUGAAAACAUAAUGAAUUUGGUUCAGCUGACCACUGUCUAGUUUAGUUUUGAAGACGAUGGUUCAGUUUUGGGUAGUAAAGCUGAGGAUCGAUCACCGAUUCACAUUCUGUUUUGGUAGUUAGUUUAUGUGUAUUAGUACUACAACAAUGAUGUCCAUAGAUUUUUUUACAUCUGGCCAUGAUAUUUAGUGGCGUUGAAAGUUUUGAAGAUUAUAGUUGACAUAACCUGGAUCUGGUUGCUGCUGUUCUUGCUGGGAAAGGUGAAUGAAGUUUUUGUUUCUCUUCAUUUCGUUCAAUCAUCCUGUGAGAAAUCUUGAAAACGGACAAUGAUAAUUGUCAUAAAUCGAAUCUUCAAACUCAUUUGUA